AGCGUGGGGCCGGGAGGAGCCCGCACGUCCGGCCCCACCCACUCGCCGCCUGACCCCCUAGCCGGGGUCGGGGCGGCGGACACACCCCCUCCAAACCCGAGAUAAUUCCUCCCCAUCCUUCCUCCGCGCGCCUGCUUUCCUCUGGGUGCCGGAGCCUCGCUCUGCCUUCCGACAUUGCACUAAAAGGGAUGCCCUCCAGAGAGCUACACUGCGGGGUGCAGCUUGCUUGGAGAAGAGGCCAGGUUUUGGGACUUUGGAUACUCAUUCACCUUUUCAAGGGCCUGGGAUAGAUUUGAUUAAUCAGCCUGAAAUACCAUUUCUGCUAAAACUGCUGAGUUGCACCGUUUGGGUAUUUUUUGUUUUGUUUUGUUUUAACCUCACUGCCUUCCACGCUUCCAAACACAUUAAGCUUGUGGACGUUUCUCAAGCCUCUCUUUGAGUUAGACUUGAAGUUGGCACCCCCAGCACCACCCCGUUUGGAGCAUGGCUACAGACUCCCAGGUCACCAUGCCCCUGGAGGUGGAGGAGUGUGUAAUAAUGAAGAUGGAAAAGGACCCCGAGUGGGCGUCGGAGCCCUUUCUGGAAGAAUCGGAUAGCGCUGAGUGUGAGACCUUUCGCAAAUGCUUCAGGCAGUUCUGCUACGAGGAUGUGACUGGACCCCAUGAAGCUUUCAGUAAACUCUGGGAACUUUGCUGCAGGUGGUUGAAGCCUGAAAUGCGUUCCAAAGAACAGAUGCUUGAGAUGCUGGUGAUUGAGCAGUUUCUUACCAUUUUACCCAAGAAGAUUCAGGCUUGGGCCCAGAGGCAGUGUCCAGAAAGUGGAGAGGAGGCAGUGGCCCUCGUAGUCCAUUUGGAGAAAGAGACUGGAAGACUGAGGCAGCAGGUCAGCAGUCCUGUACAUGCGGAGAAGCAAGCCCCACUUGGAACAGUGUGGGAGAUAGUAGACUUUCAACCAGAGCAGGUGGAGACCCAACCCAGAGUAGUGUCUCGGGAGGAAGCUGGAAGCCUCCACUCAGGACACCAGGAACAGCUGAAUCAAAAGAGAGAGCAUCGGCCCUUGCCCAGAAAUGUUCGGUCUUCUCCCUGGGUUCUUGCCCCUGCUGAUGAAUGGAGCAUCAUAGAUCAGGAGGUGGCAACCACACAUCUUCCUGCUGGGUCCCAGGAACCAGUGAAAGAUGUCCAUGUGAUAAGAAGUCUUUCCCACAAAAAGACCGUGCAUCAAAUCCCUGUUCACAGAGACCUCUAUCGCGAAAUCAGGAAGGAGAAUGUUGGGAACACAGUCUCCCUGGGAAAUACAGUGUCUCCAUCUAACAAGAUAGCCAGGUUGGAACAAAGAAAAGAACCAUGGACUGUAGGCCUACAUUCCUCAAAUAAGAGAAAUGUCCUACAAAGCACCUAUGUCAAGGAGAAGUCAGUUCAUGCUGUUCAGAUCCCCUCAAGGAAUCCUGGAAAAACAUGGAGAGAUCAGCAACAGUGGGGUGUAGAAGAUGAGAAAAUAGCAGGUGUGCACUGGAGCUACGAGGAAACUAAGACUUUUCUUGCAAUUCUCAAGGAGUCUCGUUUCUAUGAAACACUUCAGGCUUGUCCCCGAAAUAGCCAGGUGUAUGGUGCUGUGGCUGAAUGGUUGCGGGAAUGUGGCUUCCUUCGCACACCAGAACAGUGCCGAACCAAGUUCAAAAGCCUUCAGAAGAGUUAUCGAAAAGUAAGAAAUGGCCACAUGCUAGAACCCUGUGCCUUCUUUGAGGACAUGGAUGCUUUGUUGAACCCUGCAGCCCAUGCUUCAUCUACUGAUAAGCCAAAGGAGAUUGUAUCUCUCCCCAGACUAAAGAGAAUUGGUAUUAGUGCUAAAGAACAGAUCACUUUGGUGGAGGAAGAAGCUGCAGAAGAAUCUGAUGGUGAUGAAAUGGGCAUUGAAUUUAUCCACAAGCCUGAAAUUCAUGGUGCCCCUGUCUUAUUUCAAAAUCUGAGUGGUGUGCACUGGGGCUACGAAGAAACCAAGACUUUUCUUGAUAUCCUUCAUGAGACUCGAUUUUAUGAAGCACUUCAAGCUUGUCAUAGGAAGAGCAAGUUGUAUGGGGCUGUGGCUGAACAACUUCGAGAGUGUGGCUUCCUCCGGACACCCGAGCAAUGCCGAACCAAGUUCAAAAGCCUUCAGAAGAGUUACCGCAGAGUUAAGAAUGGUCAUGUGCUAGAGCCUUGUGCAUUCUACAAGGAGAUGGAUGCCCUAAUUAACUUUCGGGCAUCAGCCCCUUCUGCCGACAGCUCAGAAGAAGUCCUGUCAGCCUCAAGGCAUGAAAGAGGACCUGUUGAGGUAGAACCCCAGGAACCUUCAGGCUGGGAACCUGAGACCUCCCAGGAAGCAGUAAUAGAAGAUUCUGGCAGUGAGAGAAUGAGUGAGGAAGAAGUUGUACAAGAGCAAGAAUUCCAGGGAACUCCAGGUCUACUGCAAAGUCCAAAUGAUUUUGAAAUUGGAAGUAGCAUUAAGGAGGAUCCAACACAGGUAAUAUAUAAGGACACAGAACCACAUAGAGCAUUAAUAGAAAAAUCCAAAAGAGUUGUUUCCCAGAAUACUGAUUCCAGCAGAUAUCACAAAAGGGAAUGCAUCUCAGGAAGACAGUGGGAAAACCUUCAAAGCAUUAGACAGGGGAAGCUGAUGGCCCAGCCUAGAGAUCUAGGAAACGCUGUGAUGCAUCAGAAGCCCUUCAUGGGGAGGAAACCCUACAGACUUCUCAAAUAUGGAGAGAGCUUUGGAAGGAGUGCUCGUCUUAUGUGCCGGAUGACCCAUCAGAAGGAGAACCCUUAUAAGUGUAGUGUCUGCGGGAAGUGCUUUGGUAGAAGCAGGAGCCUAAUCAGACACCAAAGAAUCCACACAGGGGAAAAGCCUUUCAAAUGUCUUGACUGUGGGAAAAGCUUUAAUGAUUCCUCCAAUUUUGGAGCCCACCAGAGAAUCCACACAGGAGAGAAGCCCUACAGAUGUGGGGAGUGUGGAAAAUGCUUCAGUCAAAGCUCUAGUCUUAUUAUCCAUCAGAGAACCCAUACUGGCGAGAAGCCGUAUCAGUGUGGAGAGUGCGGGAAAAGCUUUACCAACAGUUCUCAUUUCAGUGCUCACCGCAGAGUCCACACUGGAGAGAAUCCCUACAAAUGUAUGGACUGUGAGAAAAGUUUCAAUAACUGCACAAGAUUUCGAGAACACCGGAGGAUCCACACUGGAGAGAAGCCCUAUGGAUGUGCCCAUUGUGGGAAACGUUUCAGUAAGAGUUCUGUUCUCACCAAACACAGGGAAAUUCAUGUUAGAGAAAAACUUCUGCCACACCCUCUCUCUAUGUAUCCCCCAGAGAACCCACUGAAGGGGAAAGCCGAUGACUUCAGGAAAACAUUUUGAUGAUGAGCCCCUUUAGCCAUCUUAGCCCAACCUCACUCACAGAAGCAGUCUUUUCUUAAUCCAAAAGUUAUUCUGUUCUCACCUCUGCCUCUAACUUGGUCCCCUUCCUCCCCCACAUCUCUCUCUCUCUCUCUCUCUCUCUCUCUCUCUCUCUUUCUCUCUCUCUCUCUCUUGUUUCUCUCCAUCUCUAUUAGAGUGGGGAAGAUGCAUUGUCUGAGUUCAGAAUGAACUUCUUUUCAGUAUGUUGAGGUCACUGCUAUUGGAUUCCUAAAUUCAGGAACAUUUGAGAUCCUUUUGUGUGGGUGAGAAGUGUUUUCAAGGAGAUAAAUACCAAAAGGAUUUUUUUGUUUUUGUUGUUCUGGGUGCAGCUUGAUAACAGAUUUUCACAUUUGGGUAGAACUUUCAGGAAUCUGAUCACAGCAUAUCAGAUUGACCUCAGAUUUUGAAGAUACUCACAAAAGUAGAGUGAAAUUUUAUAGCCUCCUUAAGAAACCUGAUACAAUGUCCUUUUUUGUCAAGAAGUUGAUCCAAAUAGGGUAGAUUCUCUGUUGUCACUGAAGUCAUGUUACUAAUGCCUCACCCUUAUCAUCACCUUCUGUACUUAAAGACUUGCAGCCCUGUGGCCACUGCUUCUCCAGCCCCCAAAUAAUCCCAGAGUGUUCCUCUUGCUGUGUCUCAUAAAGCCUACAUUUACCUCUUAAUUUCGUGUGCUCUCAUCUGGCUCUUCUGAACUACCAUACUAUCUGCAUAUCAAAUAGGAUGCGUGAUUAUGGUGUGUCUCAUUAAAAUAAAGUAGGAUUUCAGACACAUUCUACCCUCUAACUUCUCUGGCUCUAAAUUUAAAAUAUUAGUGGCACAUUGGCGUAUUUUAUACCUCCCAGCCCACAUUUCAGUAUAAUACUAUAUAAUAGGAUUUCUGAAAUUGUAAGGGAAUAAGGGAAAAGUGAGAUACAGACCUGAAAGGUUUAGUGGACUCAGGCCUGAUUUAUAUCAGAGUCACCUCAGUCCAAACCAACACUUUUCAGGGCAAGCUGUUGGAUAUACCAGUCUAUCUGAGGCUUCAUUUCCUUUUUUCAUAGGGUCAUAAACCUAACUGUACAGCCCUGAUUAAUUAUACAACUCUACAGCUCACUAAGUGAAAGUGGAAAUAUUUAUAGAAACUUCCCAUCCAGAAUACCAUUUUUGUUUGUUCCCCAUAUAUGUUUGUCUGCAAAUCUCUUUGAUAACCUCCCAGCACCAUCACAGUAAAUAUGAGUAGAAUGGUUUAGAUGGCGGGGGGAUAGUUAAUUCAUGUAUGUUACAGGUGAAACCCAGGGAUGUGAUCUUUCAAAGCCAGGCUUCAAGAUGAAGCGAGUGGCAUUUAUACCCUCAAUACACAGCUAACCUAGGGUGGCUUUGCUUUGGGGAGGGAAAAGUCACAAGUUUAGAGGAAAAGUAAUCAGAGUCAGGACUAUAUGUAGAUUAUUCUUCUGUUUGUAACUGUCCCUUCCUUUGUCAAAUGCUGUCUUAUUUGAAGACACCUAGGGAUAGUAUUUUCCUUCAAGUAUGUCUGAAUCUUUUGAAAGCUGUUGAGCAGUAUACCAAGGAAGGUAGGCACUAUUGAAAGAAAUCCAGUUUAUGGUGCCAGAAUAAGGUGUGGCCUGUUGGAAGGCAGGUGACUCAGGUAAACAUUGAUGAAUGUUUCUGAUUUACAUUUAUUGGAAAUGUUCUGAUUGUUCACAUCAACAUACUUGAUUUCCUCUGUGUUGUCUGAACUAUAGACUUCUAAUGGUACGUGCAGUUUCAUGUUGGUGAUUGUGCCUAGCACAGUAAGAUGUGUUUGAUGCCAGUGGGCUUGUGCUUAUAUUGUGUAGAUGUUCUGGAAUUCCAAUUCUAGAGAAGAUACACACUAAUAUAAAUCACCACUUAGUAAUAUGUACACAGGAUUGAUAAUUACAUGGAAGCAUGAUUCAGGAAAGUAGAUGAUGUAUUCGUAAAUAUUUAAUAAGCACUGUUACAUGUAAGAUCAUCUAGCUGUAGUGGGGUAUAUGAAAAAUUUUUAAAGGAGCAUGAUGCCUAUAUCUAAGGACAUUACAGCGUGAUCAAGGACAUGUUGAGGCAAAAAGUAAUGCCCAUUACAUUCAUGUUGGUUGCACAAAGUCAAUCAAAAAGAAAUCACCUUGAGCCAGGGAUUUAGCUCAGUGGUUCCACUGCUUGUCUCACAAGCAUAAGGUCCCAAGUUUGAUCCCAGUACCAAAAAUCAAAACAAAAUCACCUUCACUUCCUGGACAGUUUCUCUAAAUUACAAAUAUGAAAUCAUAUUUGGUACCACUGUUUCUCACACUUCCCCAAUGAGAAGAAAGGUUGAAGGCCUUAUCUCCCUCCAGUGGAACAGUCUCUCAUAUGUCUGGGAUCAAGCUAAGGUUAGGUUCCCCUACUUGAAUUCCUGAUUGUAAAUAGGCUGUUGGGCAUGCUUUAAUGAAUCUGUCUCUAUUUUAACUAAAUAGAAGAUUUUACCAUUUUAGACCAAGGUUACUGUCUCCCUGCAUUUUCUCUCUUUUCAAGCUGAAACAUGAAAGUUAAAAUGAAUAAUCACAGCCAGGGAUUUAGCUCAGUGGCACUGCACCUGCCUGGUGAGCACAAAUUCCCAAGCUCAAUUCCCGGUACCGAAAAACAAACAAAAAAGACUGUUCAGACUGGAUUCCUACAUGCAAUCCUCCAGUCUCAGCCUCCCAAGUAGCCAGGCCUAUGGACACAUAAUCACUGUACCUAGCAAAAACACGUUUUGGGCUGGGAAUUUACUCAGUGGUGCCACCACUGGCCUCACAAGUGCAGGAUCCCAAGUUCAAUCCCUGGUACCAAAAAAAACAGAAUAAUCACAGUUCUAAGUAGCUUAUCUUUUAUAUCAUAACAUUGCCUCUAUGAAGAUCCAUAGGAAAAUCUUAUUUUUUUCUAGAUCUCA